CGGAUGGACAAAAAGGUUGGAUGUCGGGCCUGUGACCCUGCAUGACUAGGUACUGUACCUAUGAUACUAGGCUGCAAGGUACUCCAGCGCUUGGAAGCGCGUCACCUAGUGUCUCCGCCCCACCCCCAACCGCCAGGGACUAUCAAUACAGCACUUCCCUUCCGUCCCUUCCUGACCUCCCCGGCAGGGAAGCAAAAAGUGAGACCCAAGGCUCGCCAGAAUAUAUCCACAAACUCGUAUGAUUGGAUGCUUUGUCUGGCAAUAUCGUUUUGACUGGUUUCAGCAUGCUCUGCCUUGCACGUGUCCCUCGAAGAGCCAUAUCAUUAAUAUCACGGUUGCCCAGGACGCAGCAUCAUCUUGACGUCCAGUAUCUGCAAAGACAGGCGCCGCAACGAAAACUCUUUCUGCCCCCUUCAUAUCGAUUUAUCUCCUCAGUUUCGUCGAGAGUUGUGAGCAUGGCCCACGAUGAGCCUCUUGUGCCAGGCGCAACCAUACAAGGUUAUUCAGGACGAAUCUAUACUAUUGAGGAGACACUUGCGGAACGACGCAGUCCUCUGCUAUGUGUGUACCGUGCAAGCGCUGAGGGCAAGAAAUUCGUCGUCAAAAACAUGAUUCCCGAUGACUACGAGUACCAAAAAGAUCUACAAGGAUCAAUCGCUUCCUGCCCACAUCUCCGCACCAUGGUCGAUGGUGUUCCGGGGCCCGAUUUGUUUAUUUAUCCAUUUUUGAAAACAAAUCUUCUUCAGUUCAGCCAGAACAAACUUUCCAAUGCUACUCGAAAAGAUAUACUAAAAAGUGCUCUUACUGGCCUCGCUGCACUCCACGAGAAAAACAUAAUCCACAGUGAUAUCAAGCCAGACAACAUUCUAUUGGACUAUGAACUCAAAGAUGGAGCCUUUGACGUCACACGAGUUCAGAUUGCAGACUUGGAAGAUUCGGUGAUUCUACCUAUUGGUAAACACUUGAAGAAUACGAUUUGUGGUAAUCAAUUGUGGAGGAGCCCGGAGUCCUGGGCAAAAGCAGCUCAAGGCACACCAUCCGACAUCUUCUCCUUUGGAAUUGUGUCUAUCUAUGUUAUGCUAAAUGACAUGGUUCUUCGAGCCAGCAACGAAGAGUUGGCGGCGAGCGACUCAUGGCGAUGGGUGCUCCGCAGACAGAUCUCUUUCUUUGCAAAAGAAGAGGAAUUCAAGGGCUUGCUGCAAUGGAUUGGUGAAGAAAACCCGUUCUUUGAACGUCUCAUUGCUCUCGCUGGUAGCUUUGACCAUUCGGAAAAUCCUCGAAAGCCGUUCGAGUAUUGGGAAUUUGUUGACCCCUCAUUCCGCGACUUAAUUGGUAAGAUGACAGCUUUGGAUCCAGUACAGAGGAUCACAGCUCAGGAUGCAUUAAUACAUCCAUGGUUUAUUGCCGAUUGAGGGGGCCUUAGAUGUGCAGAAUGCUUCAAAAAAAAAAAAAGUCCAGCUCGCAAUCGCUCGUCCAGGCGUCCUACAGACGCCUAGGUUGUAACCUAGAGCUACUAUCCAAAGAUCUCUGUGACUCUUUGUCUAUUCCUCUCAAACUGAGAUUAUGGGGCAUAAUUCUCGGGUAGAUGAUUGGAAAAUAUUUGGUCACAGUCGAAGCAGCUACAGAUUAGAAUCAGUUCAUUGUUUCCUAAAGCAGAAGCUGCCUUGUCGUUUCAGAACAUUUGGAUCAUAUUUCUUCUCGAACAGGCACGGUUUUACAUAUAUGUAUAUAUACAUAUAUAUUUCAGUGUUUGGCUGUUUUGACUCUCAA